AUGCGUUUCUCCAGCAUCAUUGCCGCAGCCUUCGCUGCAUUCGCCACCGCUGCACCCACCACCGUCGAGAGCCGCGCCGAUAUUGAUCUUGGCCAGCUCAACAACCUCCAGAGCUUCAGGAACCUGGACCUGAACUACCUUCUUGCCCUCAACAACCUUAACCUCGGCCAGCUUGGCCAACUCGGCCAGAUCAACAACCUCAACAUCGGCGCCUUCCAGGGCCUCUUUGGCGCCCAGAACUUCGAUCUUAAUGCCCUACUCCAGCUGCAGCAGCUGUCCACCAUUCUAGCGAUCCAGCAGCAAGGCCUUUUCAACGGCGUGAACCUGGCACAGUUGAACCUCGGCGGUCUCAACUUUGGCGUGAUCCAGGGUCUUGGUGGUCUCAACCUCGGCCAGUUCAUCGACCAGGGCCUGAUUGGGCAAAUUACCCAGGUCGUCGAACAGUCUUCCAUCGUUGUCGUUGGCAAGUAG